AUGAACAGUAUGAAAGUACCACUGUGCAUCGCGAUUUAUGCACUGUUGAUUACUUUCUGUUCCACGAAGAGCAACAGUAGCAGCAACAAAACACCAAGGAAAGAGGUAUAUUACAAAUCGAUACAAAAUUUUUGAAUUUCUUUUUCUGAUCGAACUUCUGGUCCAAGCUAUGACCAAACCAUCAAAUCUACACGUUUCCUGAUUACCGUAAACUACCGCUUAUAAGCCCUGGAAUUAUACAUCUUUGUAAGGGGUUUUAGGAGGGCUUACAUCUGAGGAUGUUUGGUCAGUAGCGGAUCCAAUAACUAGCCACACAAAUGAAUUCCUCUAUUGGUGGCUCUCGGAACCACGUCAUCACACGUACUUGCCAGUCAGAGAAUUAGCUAUAACAACAAAAUCUUAUGCGGAAUUUAACGGAGGAGAAGGCCAUGAAGUUUUGUGAAGCAAGCUGUAAAGCUCAAGAAACUUUUGUGUAUUAUUAAAGUGAAUUUCCCCCUCAGUUUCAGUUUCAGCCGUUAACGUUGAAUGUCCGUCAUAGGACGUAGUCCUUCCCCAUUGACCUCCAGUGAACCACGUUUUGCUUGACACGGUGCCAGUGUCUUAGGAAACGAUCUAAGUCGUCCUCCAUCUCGUCCUUGGUCUUCCUCGGUUCCUUUUGUGUCGCCCUCACCUGAGGACAUAUAAAAUGUCUUCUCUCAGAAGGCAACAAUCCCAUUAUUAUUUCUAAUCCUACUAACAGUCUCCAACACGUCGUGUUACGAUAUAAUCAGUGACAGCGAUAGCACGAAAAAAAAUCAACAAAUAUUAUCAGGCCUUCCUUUUUUCCGUUACACAAAGCAGUUAGUCUGCUGAUGUAUUGAUCAACUAAUGCGUUUAUGCUCAUUAAUAAUAGUGUACCCAACAGACAUCAUUUGGGUCAUGUGGUCAUAGUGCUUGCUGCUCCGCACCAGGAAUUCCGGGGAUCCCAGGAAACCCUGGACCCGCGGGAUCACCCGGCAAUCGUGGACCUGAAGGACCCACGGGCCCAAGAGGAAACACAGGUGAUAAAGGAUCUCGUGGAAAGCAGGGACCUAAAGGAGAUACAGGACCCUCGGGUUCGACGGGUUUACCAGGAAGCAAAGGUGAACCUGGCAUCCCUGGACGCCCUGGACCUGCACGACCAUCAGGUAAACGAGGACCUAAAGGAACAAAGGGUCUUACAGGAAACAAAGGAGACACAGGACCCUCGGGACCGGCGGGUCAAGCAGGAAGCAAAGGUGAACCAGGUGCUCGUGGCAUCCAAGGUCGACAGGGAACUCCUGGUUCUGCAAAUUCCUUGCGAAGUAACUGGAAACAGUGUGUAUUUAAGAGUAUAAACGAUGAAAGAGACACUGGUUUGAUCAAGGUAAACACUUAACUCUUAAUAGAUUUAUGGACAUUUAUGCCACUGAAUGUUGUGCUUUUUAUCUUCGGAUAUGGAUGUGAAUUAUCCCGACAGGAUUUCGUAUAAUCCUACAAAUAAACACGGAUAAAUAUGAUGAAUACUGGGGAAAGUAAAGUCUUGACAUUAAACGUACGACCCAUUCAAUAACCUAAGAUUAAACCCAACACUUUUUAAGUCAUCCCUAAUCUUACAUUUUCUUAAAUGUUGUUAUUACUCGCAUCCAAAAUUUCUUUUAAAACUAUUUUAGGUAGUAAUUAAGUUGUAAUAAAUAUUGAUACUUAUUAUUUGUUUUAAAAGUUUUAAGGACCGACAUAUAACCAUAGAUUGAAAGCUAUAUGCUUUUUACAGCAUUGGUAGAUAAAAAAAAAAGAAAAGAGACUGAAUAAGAUAAACGGUACAAAGCUUGACGAGGCGUUUAGGCCAUUAUAACAAUUUUCAAUUUAAGCGUUAUUUUAAUCUUUCCAUAGGAAUGUAUUUUCAAGAAAACAUCUGACAAUACAGCCUUGCGUGUCUUCUGGAAUGGCGAUUUCCGUGUCGGUAACUGCCACGACUGUUGCCAUAGGUGGUACUUUACCUUCAAUGGUGCAGAAUGCUCGGCUCCGGCAGCCAUUGAUGGUGUAUUUUAUUUGAGACAUGGCACUAGCUGGAAAAAGAAUCCACAUCGCCCACGUCACAUCGAAGGAAUCUGCGAGAAGCUCCGUAAGGGCACGGUCCGCGUGGGAUUCUGGGUCGGUAAGUGCGCUGGUGGUAUCAAAACUGGCGACGCGUAUACAGGCUGGAACUCAGUCUCCAAGAUCUACAUAGAAGAGGUGGCUCUCCCACAGUCGUAA